AUGGCCUCCCUUGCUGCAGCAAAUGCAGACUUUGGCUUCAACCUGCUCAGAGAGAUGGAUAACAGUCAAGGGAAUGAAAAUGUGUUCUUGUCCUUUCUGAGUAUCUUCACUGCCCUGAGUCUUGUCCGCUUGGGUGCUCGAGGUGACUGUGCACAUCAAAUUGAUAAGGUGCUUCAGUUCAACAAAGUUGGAGACUAUGAUGUUGCCACUGGGAGCCCAGAAAACUUCACUGGCUGUCGUUUGACCCAGCAGAUGCAGAAGGAAACCUAUCCUGCUACCAUUUUGAAGACACAAGCAAGAGACAAAGUUCAUUCAUCAUUCUGCUCUCUCAGUUCUGCAAUCAGUGCACCAACAGGGGAUUAUUUAUUGGAAAGUGCCAUUAAGCUGUUUGGAGAGAAGUCUGCAAGAUUUAAGGAAGAAUACAUCAAACUCUCUAAGAAAUAUUACUCUACAGAACCUCAGGAAGUAGACUUUCAGAAAUGUGCAGAAGAAUCCAGAAAAGAAAUUAACUCCUGGGUCAAUACUCAAACCAAAGGCAAAAUUCCAAACCUGCUUCCUGAAGGUUCUGUCGAUGAGGCAACCAAGAUGGUCCUGGUAAAUGCUGUCUACUUUAAAGGAAAAUGGAAAAUUCCAUUUGAGAAAAAACUAGAUGGACUUUAUCCUUUCCGUGUGAACAGGACGCAGAGCAUACCUGUGAAGAUGAUGUACUUGCGUAAAAAACUGAACAUAGGGUACAUAGCAGACCUAAAGGUUCAGAUCUUAGAACUCCCAUAUGUAGGAGAUGUCAGCAUGUUCCUGUUGCUUCCAGAUGAAAUUGCUGAGGAGUCCACUGGUUUACAAUUGCUGGAAAGUCAGAUAAAUUAUGACACUCUUAACAAGUGGACCAACAAUGACACACUAGCUGAAGAUAAUGUAGAAGUCUUCAUGCCUCAGUUCAAGUUAGAAGAGCAUUAUGAACUCAAAUCCAUUCUGAGAAGCAUGGGCAUGGAGGAUGCCUUCAAUAAGGGCCAGGCCAAUUUCUCAGGAAUGUCGGAGGAGGACGAGAUGUUUCUUUCUGAGGUGUUCCAUCAAGCCACAGUAGAUGUCAAUGAAGAGGGUACGGUAGCAGCUGCUGGUACCGGCGCCAUUAUGACAGGGAGAACGGGUCAUGGCGGUCCUCAGUUUGUGGCAGACCAUCCUUUCCUCUUCCUGAUCAUGCACAGAAUAACCAAGAGCGUCUUAUUUUUUGGCAGAUUCUCAUUGCCCCCAAAUUGA